ACUGACCACCGUGUGGCGCAGGGGCUGUUGGGAAAUGUAGUCACUGUCCCGGAACCUGGGGCAGCGGAGUCCCGUGCGCCCUGUGGUGACAGCUCAGGAGGGUGUGUGCGCUCAGCAGGGGCCAGCAUGGACCAGUCUGUGGCAAUCCAGGAGACGCUGGCUGAGGGGGAAUACUGCGUCAUCGCGGUGCAAGGUGUGCUGUGUGAGGGGGACAGCCGGCAGAGCCGCCUCCUGGGACUCGUGCGCUACCGCCUGGAGCACGGUGGCCAGGAACACGCUCUCUUCCUCUAUACGCACCGGAGGAUGGCCAUUACCGGGGACGAUGUCUCUCUGGACCAGAUAGUGCCAGUCUCGCGGGAUUUUGCGCUGGAAGAAGUGUCCCCAGAUGGUGAACUCUACAUCCUUGGCUCAGAUGUGACCGUCCAGCUGGACACAGCAGAGCUUAGCCUCGUAUUCCAGCUGCCCUUUGGUUCACAAACCAGGAUGUUCCUCCACGAAGUUGCCAGGGCCUGUCCAGGCUUCGAUUCUGCGACCCGGGAUCCUGAAUUCCUGUGGCUGUCUCGGUAUAGGUGCGCAGAGCUGGAGCUGGAGAUGCCAAGGCCACGCGGUUGUAACUCGGCCCUAGUUACCUGGCCAGGGUAUGCGACAAUUGGCGGAGGCAGGUAUCCGUCCCGGAAGAAACGGUGGGGAUUGGAGGAGGCCCGGCCACAGGGGGCGGGCUCCGUUCUGUUUUGGGGCGGAGCGAUGGAGAAGACAGGCUUUCGAUUGAUGGAGCGGGCACACGGGGGCGGGUUCGUCUGGGGGCGGAGCGCGCGGGACGGGCGGCGGGAUGAGGAGCUUGAGGAAGCAGGCAGGGAAAUGUCUGCCGCCGCCGGCUCUCGGGAGCGCAACACUGCAGGUGGUUCUAACUUUGAUGGUUUGAGACCAAAUGGGAAGGGAGUGCCUAUGGACCAAAGCUCCAGGGGUCAAGAUAAACCGGAAAGCUUGCAACCAAGACAGAAUAAAUCCAAGUCCGAAAUUACUGACAUGGUUCGCUCCUCCACUAUCACAGUGUCGGACAAGGCUCAUAUUUUAUCCAUGCAGAAGUUUGGACUGCGAGAUACAAUUGUGAAAUCACAUCUACUACAGAAAGAAGAGGAUUACACCUAUAUCCAGAACUUCAGGUUUUUUGUGGGAACAUACAAUGUAAAUGGGCAGUCCCCCAAAGAAUGCCUCCAGCUGUGGCUGAGCAAUGGUAUCCAGGCCCCAGAUGUCUAUUGUGUAGGGUUCCAGGAGCUUGAUCUGAGUAAGGAAGCUUUUUUCUUUCACGAUACCCCAAAGGAGGAAGAGUGGUUCAAAGCUGUGUCAGAGGGUCUUCAUCCAGAUGCCAAAUAUGCAAAGGUGAAGCUUAUCCGACUGGUUGGGAUUAUGCUGCUGUUAUAUGUCAAACAGGAGCAUGCAGCUUAUAUCUCAGAAGUGGAAGCCGAGACUGUGGGGACAGGAAUCAUGGGGAGGAUGGGCAACAAGGGAGGCGUGGCGAUCAGGUUCCAGUUCCACAACACCAGCAUCUGCGUUGUGAAUUCUCACUUGGCAGCCCACAUUGAAGAGUAUGAGAGGAGGAACCAGGACUAUAAGGACAUUUGUUCUCGAAUGCAGUUUUGUCAGCCUGACCCAAGCCUUCCCCCUCUCACCAUCAGCAACCAUGAUGUGAUCUUGUGGCUGGGGGACCUCAACUACAGGAUAGAAGAGCUGGAUGUGGAAAAAGUGAAAAAGCUCAUCGAAGAGAAGGACUUUCAAAUGCUGUAUGCAUAUGAUCAGCUGAAAAUUCAGGUGGCCGCAAAGACUGUCUUUGAAGACUUCACAGAGGGUGAGCUCACAUUCCAGCCUACUUACAAGUAUGAUACGGGCUCUGACGACUGGGAUACCAGUGAGAAGUGCCGUGCUCCUGCCUGGUGUGAUCGGAUCCUCUGGAAAGGGAAGAACAUCACUCAGCUGAGUUACCAGAGCCACAUGGCCCUGAAGACCAGUGACCACAAGCCUGUCAGCUCAGUGUUUGACAUCGGGGUGAGGGUCGUAAAUGACGAGCUUUACCGGAAGACACUGGAGGAAAUUGUUCGCUCCCUGGAUAAGAUGGAAAAUGCCAACAUUCCUUCUGUGUCCCUGUCCAAGCGAGAGUUCUGUUUUCAGAAUGUGAAGUACAUGCAAUUGAAAGUAGAAUCCUUUACAAUUCAUAAUGGACAAGUACCCUGUCAUUUUGAAUUCAUCAACAAGCCUGAUGAAGAGUCUUACUGUAAGCAGUGGCUGAAUGCCAACCCCAGCAGAGGCUUCCUCCUGCCAGAUUCUGAUGUUGAGAUUGACUUGGAGCUCUUCGUAAAUAAGACGACAGCUACAAAGCUCAACUCAGGUGAAGACAAAAUUGAGGACAUUCUGGUUCUGCACUUGGACAGGGGAAAGGAUUACUUUUUGUCUGUGUCUGGGAACUACCUGCCCAGCUGUUUUGGGUCUCCCAUUCAUACACUGUGUUACAUGAGAGAGCCAAUCUUGGACCUACCACUUGAAACUAUUAGUGAGCUGACUCUGAUGCCAGUAUGGACUGGAGAUGAUGGGAGCCAGUUGGAGAGCCCCAUGGAAAUCCCCAAAGAGCUCUGGAUGCUGGUUGAUUACCUGUACCGAAAUGCUGUCCAGCAGGAAGAUCUGUUUCAGCAACCAGGCCUGAGGUCAGAAUUUGAACAUAUCAGGGACUGCUUGGAUACUGGAAUGAUUGAUAACCUCUCUGCCAGCAAUCAUUCUGUAGCCGAAGCCCUGCUGCUUUUCCUGGAGAGCCUUCCAGAGCCUGUCAUCUGUUACAGCACCUACCAUAACUGCUUGGAGUGUUCUGGCAACUACAUAGCAAGCAAACAGGUCAUUUCUACUCUCCCCAUAUUCCACAAAAAUGUCUUCCACUACUUGAUGGCGUUUUUGCGAGAACUGCUGAAAAAUUCAGCAAAAAAUCAUUUGGAUGAGAAUAUUCUAGCUAGCAUAUUUGGCAGCUUAUUGCUUCGAAACCCAGCUGGUCACCAAAAGCUUGAUAUGACAGAGAAGAAGAAGGCUCAAGAAUUUAUUCACCAGUUCCUCUGCAACCCACUCUGAGCCUAUCUCUCCUCCUAUUUUACUUGAGGCUGCCAAUUACCAGCCCCACCUGUUUCAGCUCAAGAGAUGCCUUAAGAUAAUUAUGUGAGGCCACUUGGUAGCAAGAAUGGCAGCUAUUUCCUGAGCCUAGUACCCCAACUAAGCCCACCAUUGGUUAGCACACUCAGCGCUGUGAGUCAUGAAGACACGGGAGAAAAUCCACCAUAAUAAAACUGACAUUCAAUUUUCAACUUUAGUUAUUUAACACAGAUUGAUUUUUUUUUAUUUUGAGACGGAGUUUUGCUCUGUCGCGCAGGGUGGAGUGCGGUGGCACGAUCUUGGCUCACUGCAACCUCUGCCUCCUGGGUGCAAGCAAUUAUCCUGCCUCAGCCUCCCGAGUAGCUGGGACUACAGGCACACACUGCCACGCCCAGCUAAUUUUUUGCAUUUUAGUAGAGACGGGGUUUCACCGUGUUGCCCAGGCUGUUCUAAAACUCCUGAACUCAGGCAAUCUGCCUGCCUCGGCCUCCCCAAGUGCUAGGAUUACAGGUGUGAGCCACCAUGCCCAGCCUUUUUUUUUUUUUUUUUUCUUUUUUGAGAUGGAGUUUCACUCUUGUUGCCCAGGCUGGAGUGCGUUGGCGUGGUCUUGGCUCACUGCAACCUCUGCCUCCUUGGUUCAAGCAAUUCUCCUGCCUCAGCCUCUCGAGUAGCUGGGAUUAUAGGCGUCCGCCACCAUGCCUGGCUAAUUUUUGUGUGUGUUUUUAGUAUAGACACGGUUUCACCAUGUUGGCCAGGCUGGGCUCGAAUGCCUGGCCUCAGGUGAUCCACCUGCCUCGGCCUCCCAAAGUGCUGGGAUUACAGGCAUGAACCACCACACCUGGCCUAAAAUGUUUUUAAAUAACUGUACUUGUACUCACUCACCCUACCUCCAGGGCAUAGUCAGUCUGGGCUGAGAUCCCCAUGAUCAGAUAUUUGAUGGAAAGUCCUGAAAGGCCAAUGAGUUGGACGGCAAGAAUGCAGGCAGAAGCUGCUGGAUAAAAUAGGCUACAGCCACCUCAGAUGCUUUCAGUGCUCUGUCUGAGGAUGUGUAUAUGCAUAUGCAAACUCGACCCCCGUUCCUGCCCAGAUAAUGGCUCAAUAACUCUGAGGCUGGUUGCUCAGCCUCUGAGGGCAAUACAGGCAUUUAAAAAAUUAAAAUGACCAGGCACAGUGGCUCACGCCUGUAAUCUCGGCACUUUGAGAGACUGAGGUGGGAGCAUCACUUGAGACCAGGAGUUUGGGACCAGGCUGGGCAACACAGGGAGACCUCCUCUCUACAAAAAGAUUUUUAAAAAAUUAGCUGGGCGUGGUGAUGCAUGCCUGUGGUCCCAGUUACUUGGGAGGCUGACGUGGGUGGCUCACUUGAGCACAGGAGUUUGAGGCUGCAGUGACCUAUGACCACAUCACUGUACGCCAGCCCGGGUGAGGGAGGGAGACCCCGUCUCUAAAAAUAAAAUGUAAAAUCACUGAAAAAAUGAGUGUUCGGUGAAACAAGUGGGAUUUUCUGGGCCAGCAAGUCUUCCAAACUGUAUAUGAUGCAUCCUGUCUCCAUGUGUAAUAUAUUUUAAUGAUAAAUGUAUUUUUAACAGUGA